GUGGAACACCGAGUAAACCCGGCUGGUCCUGGGGCGGCUGGAAGGGGGAGUGAUCAUUACUACGCUACAUACGGACUCCUUUGUAUGGGGAUGCCAUGUCGUGCAGAUGGAACCAUCGACCGUUGGCACGGCGGCGGGUUGGUGUGGUGAGUUGCAGAGUUCCAGAGCGUGGGAGAUGGGGAUAUUGAUGAUGUGCGUUCUCAUGUUCAGAGUACUCGAGUUACUCCUGAAGAUUUCCUCGGCGUACCAGUUAUGAGAGCAGCGAAAAAGGAGGUUGACAAGAGGUUGACAGGACAAUAUGAGGUGCAACCCGUGAAGUUGGGAGCAUUGAGAGCAAGAUUGUCAUCAACCGCCAAUCCCCCUCUCGCCCUCCCCUCAACUCCUCCAUACUCAGCUCCUACUCGCUGCACAGAGCAUGUGAUCCGUGCACCUGUGGGUGUCACCGUGGUACCUGGUACCUGCAUAAGUUAUGUCUCUCCUGUGCAUAGACCCUCGAGAGGCCCCUCGUCGACCGUCGAACCGUCCUUAACACCCACCUCCCGGUCCACGUUUCCGAACAAUUGUUUAGUCUGAAACCUCGCCGUCGCGCAUUCCACUGCCGCUGUUAAAAGACAUUCUGUACAUACUCUGCUUGAAGUGCCGGAAACCAAAGACAUUUCUUCGUCCUUGCUUUGCAAUCGUGCUUGCUUGCUUUCCUCCUUAUCUCCCUAACCUACCAAAAAGACCUCGACCAGCAGAGUCAACAACAACAACAAAAGGCGCAGGUAGCCUUCUCCCAAUCUGCUCGUUCACCACCACACCGCGCAUCUGGACUGGCAGCCUGGAGCGCUGCCGCAUGUUGCAAUAUCCAGAAUAGGAGACCUGAGAGCGUAGGACCAUGGCGGACACCAGCAGGAUGUCAGGCUUCCUGCCGACGAUCAAGUGCUCUAUGUGUGCGCAAGAGAUCGAGAUCUCCAUGAUGGGCGAGCAUGUCUGCGGCCCUGCUGAGCCUACGCCGCCGCUAGAGCCUUCGAAAGGCUAUUCCACAUACUCCCCAUAUGAUAGUAAACCUCUCCCGCCGCCCGACAACAGCGGCGCAUAUAAACCCACCCGUCUGCCGCCGCCGCGUGUAGACACCAGAGCAGCGGACCGCCCCUUCACCCGCCCAGACCAACUCACCCCCGUCUCAGCCUCCAGCGAGUCCCGCAGUGCCUCCCCCAUGACCCCCAGCGACGCUCUGCGCUCGCCGUACCUGCGUGCCCUCGGCGCCGCUCGCACACAGAUCAACGACCGCUCCUCCCCCGACUCCCUCGCCACCAACUCCGAUAGCCCUUUCCCGCCGUUCCCGCCGCCGAAAAAUCCGCACCUGGCGAGGUCGCAGCAGUACGCUGAAGCGGACCCGAGAUAUGCGCCUGUGAGCCCGCGGCUGGGUCAGGGAGGGCUGCUGACGAGGAUGAACACUAUUGCUCCCGGCCCAUUCGAUAUCAAGGGACGCCGAGGCCAGCGCAAGGGUGCUGAGAAAGGGGGAGACGAAGAGCCAACUCACAUGCACUCGAAAUCUACCGACGGCCGCGACCACGGCCGCAGUGCCUCAUCCGGCUCCUCCAUGUCCUCGCGCUCACCACCGCGCAUCGAUAUUCCCCCAAUUCCUAUCCGAACUGAGCGCCCCGGCGGCUAUGGCGGCUUCGGGCCACCACCCUCGUCAUCACUGGAUGCGCCUCCGCCCCCUACGCCUGCGAACAGGAGUAACACCUUCCCUAAAGCUGCACCGGGCGGGAGCAACUUCGUCGGUCUACCGCGACGACCAUCCGAGUCCGCGCGCCCUCGUCACCCCUUAACACCCACCGUCGCAUCCACCAACUUUGACGGCCCAACCUUCGUUCGCACCUCCCCUCCCCGCGACCCGCACGCGCGCCGUCCCUCUAUCACACCUCCCCCACCGCCUCGUGGAGCUCCGCUUGCACGCAAAGAGAGCACAGCGGGGAUAAACCUCGACGCCGAGUUCGGGGCGCAAAACCCUUUCCACACACCCUCCGUCUCGCAGUCGUCUAGCGACUCGAGCCACUCCCCGCGUAGCAAGACAAGUUCGCGCUCUAGCCCACCGUCAUCGGUCGAGCCGCCGCGACGGAGGCAGGAGAAGAGCGCUAUGGGCGGUUUUGACGGGCUGAUGCAGGAUCUCGAGCAGGCCAUCGCGGAGGUGUCGUUACCGCAGCCACAACAGCCAGCUGUGCAGGACGCGAGAGGGAGGAGGAACCUGGACCCUUCUCUCCUUUCCCCCGAGUUCGCAGACCCAGCAAUCCAAUCCGGAGUCCGCUCCCCCGGCCUCCCACGCUACCAAAGAAGCGACGGGCGCUACGACCCGCAACAAGGCCACCCCCCCGGCGCCCCUCCGCCCCCCGCCUCGAGCAACCCAACCCCUCCCUCCGCCGCCCCUCACAACCGCACUCCCCCAGAUGCUGCCCCUCCACCGCAGCAACCGACAAUAUGGAUCCGCAUACCGGCCCGCCCCCGCGCCGCCCCUCAACAGCCAAGGGCGCGUGCAAAGCGUGCCAGCUGCCGAUAACGGGGAAGUCGCUGUCGUCGUCUGAUGGGCGGCUGACGGGGCACUAUCACAAAGCCUGUUUCGCGUGCACGACGUGCCGGGCGCCGUUUGCGACGGCGUCGUUUUAUGUCCUGGAUGAUGCGCCGUAUUGCGCGCGGGAUUACCAUAGGUUGAAUGGGAGUUGUUGUGGGGGGUGUGGGGGUGGGAUC